AUGGCAUAUCACCAAUCUUGCAACACAAUCCUCGAAAAAGACAACUUCAACGAUUCUACAACUCCUCAAUCCCGAGUUGUGCAAGAAAUCGAAGAUUGUCCCAUUGAUGAGAAUCACAAGGAGGAUGGACUAGAACUAGAAGUCAUCAACUUUGGACUCAGCCAAGAAAAGCUUGCUGAACUAGUUGAACUUAAUGACAUAAAUUAUAUCCAUCAACAUUAUGGUGGAAUCAAUGGGAUUGCUGCAGCAUUAGAUACCAAUAUUCAUACCGGUAUUCGUGGCGAUGGCAAAGAUCUUCGUUGCAGACAUGAAGCCUUCGGUUCAAACCUAAAUUUUGAGGACAAAUCUUCUUCCAAUGCCAGGAAAGGGACGUUGUACUGGCUCAUGUGUGAUGCUUUCAAAGAUAGCACUGUGAUCCUUCUCUUGUGUUGCGCCACGCUUUCUCUGGUGAUCGGAAUCAAGAGGAAUGGACUAGAAGAAGGGAUUGUUGAUGGUGCGAUCAUGAUUUUAGCCAUAGACAUAGUUGUCAUUUUUAGUGUCAUUUCUAUAUUUCGGAAGGCCAGAAGGAAUAAGAUGAUCAAGCAGCAGUUGUCAAGGGAGAAAACAGCUAUCUCCAAGGUCAUUCGAGGCGGGAAGGUCCAACUUUUUGCAGUUCAUGAAGUUGUGGUUGGCGAUAUAGUUUGCUUGAAGACCGGUGACACGGUCCCUGCUGAUGGUUUGUUCAUUGAUGGUGGUGACUCAUUCAAGCUCGGUAACGGAUUAGUCCAUGAGGGUAAUAUUGGUUACUUGUCUAAGUACCCUUCUAUGUUUACCGGUGAAAAAGUGGUGGGUGGUGAGUGUCAAAUGCUUGUGAUGACAGUGGGAAGGAACACAGAAAAGAGUAAGUUGAUGAGAUCAAUAAGCUCUGAUGAAAGCGAUCGAGAGUCAAGGCUGCUAAUUGCUAUGGACAAAACAAAUUUUCGUUUGGAAAAGAUUUGGUUGAGCCUCUCUUUGUUUGUUCUUGUAGUGCAAGUACUCAGAUGUUUCGUAUUGAAUUCUGGUCAGUGCGACCAGAAUCAUGAUCCGGACCCAAAGGGUGUAAAGAACACUGUGGAGGAAAUAAUGAAUGAGGCCACAAAGCUUAUUAGGAAGCAACAAGGCACAAGGGCUAAUGGGUUGGUUCCUAUGCUUUGUAUAUUGAUCUUUGCGCUAAGAGAUGGUUUGACUUUAGGGUUUUUUAUCUUGUUAGCUUGUGGGAAGAAGAAAAUGAUGUCGUCCGGUAAGGUCAUAGUCCAGAAACUCCCAGCAUGCUCUACGAUUGGUUUCGUGACUGCAAUCUGCACCGGUGAAACGGAUGAUCUAUCCCUGCAGCAUAGGAAGAUGGCCGAGCUGUGGAUUGGGUUCGACAAUGUCAAGGAAGUGUCCACAGGAGUACUAGCUCAUGAAGUCCUUGAUAGGCUGCGUGAAGGAGUUUAUUGCAUGUGUAGUCCAUCAGAGGAUGCUCUUCUUUGCUGGUCUCAACAAGUUCUUGGGAAUAUUGAUAUUGAGGAAUUGAGUCGAAAUUGCAGUGUUCUUGAUAGUGAAGCUUUUGGUCUCAAUAGGAAUGAAAGUGUGUUGAUGUUAAGGAGAAAAGAAGAGAGUGACAAAGUCGUGCAUGUCCAUUUGAAAGGAGCUGCAAAGAUGGUACUAUCCAAGUGCUCACAUUAUUAUAAAGUAGAUGGAACCAUCAAAACCCUAGAUGAAAGGGAAAGAGCUUUAUUCAACGAAAUAAUUGAAACUAUUGAAUCUGAUUGUCUCCAAUGCUUCGCUUUUGCUCACAAGAAAGUACUUGUUGUGCAAGAGGAAGGAGAACAAACUCGGAAGCUCGGAAAAGAUGAAGAAGAAACCCUCAAAUCUAUAGAAGAUGGCUUAAUUUUGUUAGGUCUACUUGGGUUGAAGAACCCAUAUGGACAAGAGGUGAGACAAGCUAUUGAAGCUUGUAAGAAAUCCGGGGUUAAGAUCAAAUUAGUGGUUGAUAAGGACAUAAAAACAGCAGCAUUUAUGGCAGUCCAAUCGGGAAUUCUUAGGUCUGCUGAAGAGAUGGAAGGAGUAGUUGAAGCCUCAGAAUUCCGAAAUAGCUCUGAGGAAGAUCGGAUGAGUAUGAUUGAUCGCAUAUCUGUGAUGGCGAAAGCAUCUCCGGCUGAUAAACUACUAAUGGUGCAGUGCCUGAGGCAGAAAGGUGUAGUAGUGGCAGUCACUGGAACAAGUACUAGGGACUCCCUGCUGUUACAAGAAGCUGAUUUAGGGCUUCUAAUUGGCCAUAAUGGUGCAGAAUCGGCACAGGAGAGUUCAGACAUCGUCGUGUUGGACCGGACUUUUGUGACAUUUUAUGCCAUAUUGAAGAUGGGAAGGUGUGUUUGCAACAAUCUUAAGAAAUUCAUUCAGUUGCAACUGUCACUCAAUAUUGUUGCAUUCAUGACAAACUUCAUCGUAGUACUUUUUGCAAGUGAAGUGCCACUCACACCAUUCAAAAUCUUGUGGCUUAACCUAAUCAUGGACAUACUUGGUGCCUCAGCUUUGGCGGCACCACCACCUUCUAGGGUUCAACUGGAGAGCUGCCCACCCGCUUUCCCUAUAAGUGGUCCAUUUAUAACUAAAACCAUGUGGACAAGCAUAGCUGUCAAGUCCCUCUAUCAGGUCACUGUUCUAUUAGUCCUACACUUUAAGGGACAGGCUAUUUUCCACGUGGAUGAGAGGGUUUUAAAGGCCAUGAUCUUCAACUGCUAUGUGUUAUGUCAGGUUUUCGCAUUGAUGAAUGCGAGAGAGAUGGAGAAAAUGAAUGUUUUUGAGGGGAUAUUGAUGCGAAAGAGCCUGCGGUUUCAUGUGAUGGUGGUGGCGAUUGUUACUAUGCAGGUGGUGGUGAUUAAUAUCGCGACGGCGGUAACUCAUAGUGACGGAAGGUUAGGCCUGAAAGAAUGGGGUGUUUGUAUUGGAAUUGCAGCAACUGUUUUGCCCGUAGGCUGGGGUGCAAAAUGGGUUACAAAAAAUAACACACAGGUGAACUGA